AUGGCUUCAGGAUUUACACCAGCUGCAAAACGCUCCCGAACGGAAAAUGAGGGAGCUUCAGUUCGCAAGCGAGGAGAGGAGCUUGGCAUUCCUUCGAAGGACAUCUGCCCAGCCAAGAUAAGUAAACGGCUUGCGGUUUGUCUGAUAGGUCAAUCAACAACUAAAGUUGGCUGCAGAAUUAGGGCAGAAAGCAUAAAGCUGUUUAUGAUCCAUUUGCAUGAUCCUGGGGCAGGAAAGUCACCUGCCUUUCAGCAGUGUUCAACCAGUAAGAUUACAUGUUGAGGCGAAAGAAGAUAUCCACUUGUUUGUGGAUGAGUUCACUGAAGCAGAACUGUUCCGCCAACUCAAGGGGACACCCGGCCACAAGGCCAUCAUUGGAAAAGAAGAGGCGUCCCAUUUCUUUGAACAGUUACUUGGAGGGUUACGAGAGAAAAACAGGAUUGACUUUGAUAGGUUGAUCCAGCUGUAUAAUGGGGGUACAUGGGUGUACGCGAGAGAUGACGAGACAACAUGUCAGUUCAUCGACAAUCCAGCGGUUUCAUUGAGUGGAUAUAGCCAGCCUGGUCGCUUUGUCCCCAUAAGCUGA